AUGGGCGAUAUUGCCAGCGCUCCUUCCCUAUACAGUCGCCCCGCAUUUUUCAGACAAACCCGGACCGGAAAGAUUCUCAAAACCGUCAACGAGCGAUAUUAUCGAGACGAUUUGGGCUUUGGCUGUCACUUUGUCGAUGAUGCAAGUCCCUGUCAACCCCAUGCGUUAAUAGUCUGUGAUGCCAAUGUUUUGUUGCACAAUAUAGAUGUUUUGGAACAAGCGGACUCUCUCAUGCCGAAUAUUGUCAUUCCUCAGACGGCUUUAAUGGAAUGUCGGGCCAAUCGAAUGGUAGCUUAUGACCGCACGGUCGAGCUGUUGCGAGCAGUAGGGGGCGGGAAGACCAAAACUACCAAACGUUGCGGCAUCUUCUUUGCUGAUCCGCAUCAUGCUGCAACUCAGCUCGAACAUGAUGAGACCAAAAUUGAGCGCAAGGGAAAUUCCAUCAACGAUGAAAACGAUGCCCGCAUUCGAAAAGUAGCCGACUAUUUUGGCACAGCCUUAAAGAACACGGGUGUGCGAGUGAUCUUGCUGACCGACGACGCCGGCUCUCGCACACUCGCGGCAGAAGAAUCCUCAACGUACCAAGCCAAGUCGGUGCGAGAAUGGGUAAAAGAAUUAGAAAGGUUCAAUCCAGGUCUAUCUCUACUCGAUCAAGUCGCACAAUUUAAUAAUACUAGCCCCACGGGUGGUAUCAACGAAAAGGAUUACUUUGAAGCUCAUCUAGAAGCCAAGCUUUUGUUACGAGGAGUACAAGCUGGAAUGUACCACCGGGGAGUGCUACGAUCCGCAGGAAGCCAUUCCGCUAUGAUUACGAUUAGACAAGGCGAUGAACGAGUAGCUGUGACGAUACCAAGCUUUACGGAUCGGAAUCGUGCCGUCGACGGCGAUGUCGUUGCUGUGGCUUUGCAUCCUUUGGACAAGUGGAUUACUGCGAGCGUCGAUCUCAAAGCCAGUAAGGCUGAGGCAAACAGAGCUAUUGCGCCAGGUAUCGCUAAUGAAACAGCUGAACCAACUAUAAGUGAAAUGAACAAUGUCGCCGACACCUUUGCUUUGGAGGAUGACGCUGAAUCACUGCGUCCCACUGGUAAGGUUGUUGGAAUCAUUCGGCGCAACUUUUCCACUUACAGCGGCUCCAUUUACGCCAUCAAAAAUUAUGAACGCGAGCAUCCGGAUGGGUCAAUCACCUGCGUAUUCUUUCCCGUCGACAAGAAGAUUCCUCCCAUUUUAAUUCGGACAACGCAACGGGAUCGCCUUUUCGGUCAACGCAUAGUUGUGGCUAUGGAUUCCUGGCCCUCCACAUCUAUUUACCCCCUAGGACAUUACGUACGGGUGAUUGGGCCAGCCGGAUCUAAAGACGUUGAAACCGAAGUGCUGCUUCAAGAGCAUGACAUACCUCACGAACCUUUCCCUGCUGCUGUUCUUGCUUGCUUGCCACCUGAAGAUUACCGCAUCGAUGUAGACAAUAGCCCCGGACGCCAGGAUAUCCGGCACAUUCCUGUUUUGUCAAUCGAUCCGCCCAAUUGCAAAGAUAUCGACGACGCACUACACUGCACUGUGCUACCCAACGGAAACUUUCAGGUUGGUGUGCACAUUGCGGACGUGACACACUACGUCCAGGCAGGUACCGCGAUUGAUCUAGAAGCAGCGAAUCGUUCGACGUCGACGUAUUUAGUAAAUAAGCGACUCGACAUGCUUCCCAGCCUCUUAACAACAGACCUUUGCAGUCUGAAAGGAAAUGUAGAUCGGUACGCCUUUUCGGUACUGUGGGAGGUCACACCAGAGGCCGAGAUUCUCAACGUUGAAUUUCAAAAGACCAUCAUCCACUCGAUUGCCGCCCUUACUUAUCAGCAAGCGCAGACAAUGAUUGACCAACCCGACGACCCGAACGAUAUUCAGUCGAAUGCCGUGAAGCGCCUCGCAUCUCUUGCACGUAAGUUUCGAAAACGUCGAAUUGAUGCUGGGGCGUUGACUUUGGCAUCACCAGAAGUUAAGUUCGUGUUGGACAGCGAGUCCUUGAAUCCAACAGACGUCCAAGCGUACGCACUGUUGGAAGCAAAUGCUGUCGUAGAGGAAUUCAUGCUACUGGCCAACGUUACCGUAUCGAAAAAAAUUCUUCGGCACUUUCCGACUUUGUCAGUACUUCGACGGCAUCCUGCUCCUAACCGCGCUAUGUUUGAUAGCCUUAUCAGUAAAGCAAAGAGCAAGGAUUUGGAUAUCAAUAUCGACGACUCGAAGCGUCUAGCGGAUUCGCUGGAUGCCGCUGUUGUAGAGUCUGACCCUUACGUGAACAAACUUCUUCGUAUUUUGUCGACCCGAUGCAUGAGCCCCGCGCAGUACUUUUGCUCGGGAGAGUUUCGCCCAAUGGAGUGGCAUCACUACGGUUUGGCGGCGCCUGUCUAUACACACUUUACGUCCCCAAUUCGACGUUACGCGGAUGUUUGCGUCCAUCGAUUGUUAGCUGCUGCUGUAGGGGUGGCCCCUUUACCACCUCACCUCUCAUCGAAAUCUUACCUGCAUGAUCUAUGUGCCAACAUGAAUAGACGCCAUCGUGCGGCGCAGCUUGCAGGUCGAGCCAGUGUGCAGCUUCAUACACUCAUUUUCUUUGCCGGUGAUGGGGCCAAAGAAGAACAAGCUUACAUAUUGGACGUAGAAACUGCAGAAGGAGUCGAGCCUUCCUUUACUGUGAUUGUUCCUAGAUACGGAAUCGAAGGGAGAGUGAAGCUA